AAGCUUUGAACCUGAGGUCCCAGGCCUCUUUAGACUCAGACUACUCAUCCCUGAGAGCGAGCUCAGAGAGCUGUGUGUGUGUGUUGGGGGGGGGGGGUGCGUCCAGGGCCCCGCAGGUGGAGGGUGGGAGGUGACCCCUGCUAGCCCGGCCAUUGGGCUCCGCGGCGCCCUCCCCGUCCCACCCGGCCCCCAGCGGGAGCCCGCGGCGGAGGCGCGCGCCACCUCGCGGCGGGGGCGUGGCCGGGGAGCCCCCGCCCCGCCCCGCCCCUCAGCCGGCGCCGCCGCCACCGCGAUCUAGCCCCCCGCCGCCCGCCCCCUUCGCGCGUCCUUCUUCGCUCCCUGCGCAGCGGAAACAUGGCGGCGGGCAGGGAGUGAGCGGUCCUGCGCCUCCGCUGCGCCUGCAGAUUGAAAGUGCGGCAGAAAGAGGAGGAAACCACAGAACUGACAUUUCCUUUAGAAAUCUGGCUCGACACAUGGCAAAAACUUGGGUAAGAGGAAGGACUGGAAGCAGCGUAUCUCCUGCAAGAGAUUUCUCCAUCUUGCUAAAGAGGAACAAUUUCCCAUUUGGUAUAGCUGAUGUUACCAUGCAAAAGUCAGAUCCUCGGAAAGUAAUAGACUGGAAUGAUGUUAGAAAACAUAAAUAUGGCCACAUAUCAGAGUCUACAACCCACUUUCAAGAAGCUACAGACAUCUUGGAACUAGGUCAUUUUACCUGGGACAAAUACCUAAAAGAAACAUGUGCAGUCCCAGCACCUGCACAUUGCUUCAAGCAGUCCUAUACACCUCCAAGUAAUGAGUUCAAGAUCAGCAUGAAAUUGGAAGCACAAGACCCUAGGAACACCACAUCCACGUGCAUUGCCACAGUAGUUGGACUUACAGGUGCUCGCCUCCGCCUUCGUCUUGAUGGAAGUGACAAUAAGAAUGACUUCUGGCGGCUGGUUGACUCUGCUGAAAUCCAGCCUAUCGGGAGCUGUGAGAAGAACGGGGGCAUGCUGCAGCCUCCUCUGGGAUUUCGGCUGAAUGCCUCCUCUUGGCCUAUGUUCCUUUUGAAGACGCUAAAUGGAGCAGAGAUGGCUCCCAUCAGAAUUUUCCAUAAGGAACCACCAUCGCCUUCCCACAACUUCUUCAAAAUGGGAAUGAAGCUAGAAGCUGUGGACAGGAAGAACCCUCAUUUCAUUUGUCCAGCCACUAUUGGGGAGGUGCGGGGCUCAGAGGUGCUUGUCACUUUUGAUGGGUGGCGAGGGGCCUUUGACUACUGGUGCCGCUUCGAUUCCCGGGACAUCUUUCCUGUAGGCUGGUGUUCCUUGACUGGAGAUAACCUACAGCCACCUGGCACUAAAGAUUCAAAUUCUAACCUUAGCAAUGUGACCUUCAUCACUUCAAACAAACAAAAAAACAGCACUCUUAAGUUCAGAGUAUCCUGUCUUAAAAAACCAGGGAUUAUGGUUAUCUCUGGAGAAGGGUUUCACUGCUCCAAGCUGACUUUUGCAGAUAGGAAGGGAAAAACAGAAACAGAAAGACAGAGGGAAGGAUACCACAGCACCAAAGCUUCCUCCAGCAUGGUGGGGGCCCGGCUCGAACCUGGCUUCAAGGGCAUGACAAAGCAGGUGCACUACCCAGGUCCUGCACCAGUUUAUAUUCCCUGCACAUGUUCCUUUUUCUCCACAUUUUCACCAACAAUUGUAAUUUCCUGUUCUGUUGAUGUAGUUGUGAUUCCAAAGGCUCCCUACCCUGCAUCUGGUGUGAACACCGAGAAGCCUGGCAUCCACAACAGCACCAAAACUCUCUGGGAGCAUCAACAAGGGCAGAGGGGGCGUAAAGCAGGAAAGAAGCGGGGCCGGACACCCAAGCCCCUAGCUCCGCACCCCAUCUCUACCCCUACUAAAUCAGCUGAUUCUUUGAAAUGCCCAAAGAAGAGAGGUCCCAAACCUGGCAGUAAGAGAAAACCUCGGACUUUGCUGAACCCACCACACACCUCACCAACAACCAGCACCCCUGAGCCAGAUACCGGCACUGUACCCCAAGAUGCUGCCACCAUCCCCAGCUCUGCCAUGCAAGCCCCCACAGUUUGUAUUUAUUUGAACAAGAAGGGCAGCACAGGCCCCCACUUAGAUAAGAAGAAGGUCCAGAAACUCCCUGAUCACUUUGGGCCUGCUCGUGCCUCCGUGGUGUUGCAGCAGGCUGUCCAGGCUUGUAUUGACUGUGCUUAUCACCAGAAAACCGUCUUCAGCUUCCUCAAACAGGGCCAUGGUGGUGAGGUUAUAUCAGCCGUGUUUGACCGAGAACAGCAUACCCUCAACCUCCCAGCAGUGAACAGCAUCACCUACGUCCUUCGCUUCCUGGAAAAACUUUGCCACAACCUUCGAAGUGACAACCUGUUUGGCAACCAGCCCUUUACACAGACUCACUUGCCACUUUCUACCACAGAAUACAGCCACAGCCACGACAGGUACCUACCAGGUGAAACUUUUAUCCUAGGGAAUAGUCUAGCCCGUUCCUUGGAACCACACUCAGACUCGAUGGACUCCACCUUAAAUCCCACCAACCUUGUCAGCACAUCCCAGAAUCUUCGAACCCCUGGAUACCGGCCUUUGCUACCAUCCUGCAGCCUCCCACUGAACACUGCUUCAGCUAUGCGCAGACUGUGCUCCAGGGGCUCAGACCGAUACCUGGAAAGCCGGGAUGCCUCCCGACUGAAUGGCCGGGACCCCUCCUCAUGGACAGUGGAGGACGUGAUGCAGUUUGUCCGGGAGGCUGAUCCUCAGCUGGGACCCCAUGCCGACCUCUUUCGCAAACAUGAGAUCGAUGGCAAAGCCCUUCUGCUGCUGCGCAGUGACAUGAUGAUGAAGUACAUGGGGCUGAAGCUGGGGCCUGCACUCAAGCUCUGCUACCACAUUGACCGGCUGAAGCAGGGCAAGUUCUGAGAGGGAGACACAACCCGGACAGCCGAGGGAUCGAGGAGAUGGGGGCAUCCUCCCAAGGAGGCGGAGCGUCAGCCCGUUUCCGGGUACCUCUGUGAUAUUUGGGCCUCCUCAGAACUCCAGGAGGCUGCAUGGAGCCACCGCUACUACCCCUCCUGCCAUGGUAGGUCCUUCCAUGAAGGAUUGAGGAGGGGUGAGUGUGGGGCCCCAGGCUGGUGCUGCUGCUCCCCUCAGCCCUGCCUUGACUCUGAGGUGUCCCAGUAUUUAUUUUUCCAGCCUGGUUGACCUCUCCCAGGGUUUAGACUGAACACCUUCAAGUGAUGGAGGAAGGGGCAGCUCCUAGGGCCUCAGAAGGUGAGGACAUGGAUUGACCCUGAUAUCCAGUCAUCUCCUACUGGACCUGGUGUGGCCCCCCACAGCCCCACUGCUCUGCCUUCUCACAGAUCCCAGACUCCAAGCUCAUGGUGCAAA